CAACUGCCUCUCUCUCCCUCUCUCUCUCAGAAGGAGAAGGAGAAGGGGUCUGUUACUUCACUUUUUCCUUUCUUUGAGUUUCCUUAAAGCAUGAGUGGAUUCUUGAAUACAUAAAGUUCAUAUUUUUAUUGCUUUGUAGCAAUUUUAAACUUGAUCUAAGUUGCAAACUCAAGUGGAAAGAGUUCAACUUUUCUACCUCUGCCAUGGAUUUAUCUGAGUUCUGUCUCUGCCAAUUCCUGAGUUCAUGUUCUCAAGAUACACUUGUUCUGGCUCUUGCCCUUUUCACCAAAGACUGUUCUGGGUUGAUCCAUAACCUUCCUUCUCAUUGCUUUGGUGUCACUACAUGGGGGGCUUCUUCAAUUUGACAUCUGUUUUUUCUUCCUUAAAGUUAUCAACUUCCAAAUCUGUAAUUUAUUCUCCAAUUUAUUAGUGUUUAACUUAUUUUUGAGGAGGUUGUGGUAUGAAGAUGGGGCUGGUUUUGGCACUGAUUCUUCAGCUGGUGAAGCUCUACAUCAUUGGCUUUACUGUUGCAUUCCAAGGUUCCGAAGGGUCUAUUAUAUCCCCAUCUCCAGCAUUUGUCAUUCAUCCUAGAGGAGAAACACCUGGUCCCAUCCAUCAUGGACAGACAUGGGGAAGCAGUGCACCAAGCUCUCCUUCAGAUCCAGAUGGGUUUGUUUUAUCCCCAUCUCCAGCAACCUUACCUGUGGAUCCUUCCCCCAGUGAAGCGCCUGGCCUUUUACCCCCAAGAGAUCUAGGGAGAACCAUUUCCCCAAGCUCUCCAGAAGCACCAAAUGGUCCAGGGUCAUUGUUGCACCCUCCAGUUACAUUACCACUUCCUAAGUCAGCUCCAACUCCUCAAAAGAUUAAAGGAGUUGAACCAUCCAUUUCUCCUAGUCCUAGUCCAAGCACCAUAACAUUAUCACCACCAUAUAUGGCUCCUCCUGCACCAUCCACUGCUCCAGAGAAUGUGCCACCGUCCAUACAACCAAGUCCACCUCAAAGGAAAGCACCUACUGUUAGGCCUCCCGUAUCCACACCAAUUGCUCCAGCUCCAGUUGCAAUACCUUCUAGCAAUUUGCCAAAAACUUCACCAGUCAGCCAACCAAUAGAACAUGGAAGUUUGCCUCCUAAGAUUGAUAAGAGGAAUGCAAGUAAGAGUUACACCCCAGAGCCAGUUUCACCAGCGCCAGUUGCUAUACCUUCUACCAAUUUGCCUAAAAUUUCACCAGGGAGGCAACCAACUGAAAAUGGAAGUUUGCCUCCAAAUGUUCAUAGAAAGGGUGCAAAUAAAGGUCAUACCCCAGAGCCAAUUUCACCAGCUCCUGUUGUAUUCAAUUUGCCCAAAUAUUCGCCGGUGAGUCAGCCAACUAACAAUGGAAGUUUGCCUCCAACUGUUCAUAGAAGAAAAUCCAACUCGAGUCACGCAUGGGAGCCAGUUUCACAAGCCCCAGUUUCAAUACCUCCUGCAAUUUUGCCAAAAAAUUCACCACUCAGCCAACCAACUCAUCAUGGAAGUUUUCCACCUAAUGUUCAUAAAAGAACUGCAAAUAUGGGUCAUGCUCACACCCCAGGGCCAGUACCACCACAAUCUGUUGCAUCCCCACCAUGGAAAAUGGAAAAUAACCAGCCAGUAGGUCACCCUAUUUUACCAGAAUUAACUCCAUCCAUAUUACCUGCACCAGUUACAUCACCAACAAGUCCAUUUCCAGUUCAUCCGCCAUUGAUCCACCCAGUCAUACCAGCAGCAUCUCCAUCCAAAUUACCAGCUCCUGUUGUCUCUCCUGCAUUAACUCCUUCCGGAAGCUUCAAUUGGAAAAAAGGUGGAGAACCAGUUUCUGCACCUUUGUACAAAACUCCAAAGCCACUACCGGCUAUAGUACACUCCCCUGCUCAAGCUCCUGCUGCACAUACAGCAAGGCAAUUUCGUCAUGCUCCUGAGCCAAUGAUUUCAUCUCCUAAAUCUCCUUUGAAUAAAGAAGAUCAUUCUCCUGCAUCUUCACCUUCAACCACAUUUUAUAAGCAUCACCAUACAAGGAACACAAUAACCAGUCCUGCUCCUGCAUCAUCAUAUUUGGUUUCUCCUCCCAGUUCGAAACACCAAGAUCAACCAAUUCCUCCCUCAUUACUGCCAACAAGUGGAAGAAGACACAAUGCUCCAUCACCAAUGAACACAGUUCAAUUUCAUCCUCCUAAAGUAUCUCCUUCUCGGCCUUCUUCCAAGAGCCCUAAGAUGCCAGUCCUGCCUCAAGUUAAAGCACUGCCACCCCCACCUCCCAAUGAAGAUUGUUUAUCAACUGUUUGCUCAGAGCCCUACACAAAUUCUCCACCUGGAGCCCCUUGUAGAUGUGUCUGGCCCAUGAAAGUUGGCCUUCGCCUUGGUGUUUCUCUGUAUACAUUCUUCCCUUUGGUUUCAGAGCUUGCUUCUGAAAUUGCCUCUGGGGUUUUCAUGAGACAAAGUCAAGUUCGCAUUAUGGGAGCCAAUGCAGCAAGCCAGCAACCAGAUAAAACUAUUGCCCUCAUUGAUUUGGUACCACUUGGGGAAGAAUUUGAUAACACUACAGCCUUUUUGACUUCUGAGAGAUUUUGGCACAAACAGGUUGCUAUAAAAGCAUCUUACUUUGGUGAUUAUGACGUGUUGUAUGUGAGCUAUCCAGGUUUACCCCCAUCUCCUCCUUUACCACCUUCAAGCAUUACCAUGAUAGAUGGUGGCCCAUAUUCAACUGAUGGAAAUAAUGGUAGGACAAUAAAGCCCCUUGGGGUUGACAUACAGAAGAGGCCGCAUAAAGGUGGACUUAGCAAGGGCAUAAUAGCUAUUAUUGCUCUUUCUGUUUUUCUAGCAGUUGUUUUAUGCUUUGCUGCUGUUUGGGCCUUGUUCAAGCACAGAGAUCAUGUAAGUCAACCAACAUCAACCCCACGGGUUUUGCCUUCUCUCACCAAAGCACCAGGUACUGCUGGGUCAUUAGCUGGAGGCGGGCGUGCUUCAGCUUCAUCAUCAUUUCGAUCUAGCAUUGCUGCUUAUACAGGAUCUGCUAAGACUUACAGUAUGAAUGACAUUGAGAAAGCCACUGAUAAUUUUCAUGAUUCUAGAAUACUUGGAGAAGGUGGUUUUGGGCGUGUUUAUGGUGGUAUCCUUGAAGAUGGAACAAAAGUGGCAGUCAAGGUUCUAAAAAGGGAGGAUCAUCAUGGUGAUCGUGAAUUCUUAUCUGAAGUUGAGAUGCUUAGCCGCCUUCACCAUAGAAAUUUGGUUAAGUUGAUUGGUAUAUGUGCAGAGGUCAGCUUCCGCUGCCUGCUUUAUGAACUCAUUCCAAAUGGCAGCGUUGAAUCCCAUUUACAUGGGGUUGACCGGGAAAACAACCCACUUGAUUGGAGUGCUCGGACACUUGAUUGGAGUGCUCGGAUAAAGAUAGCUCUUGGCGCUGCUCGUGGUCUGGCUUAUCUGCAUGAAGAUUCAAGUCCUCAUGUCAUACACAGGGACUUCAAGUCUAGCAAUAUCUUGCUGGAAGAUGAUUUUACACCAAAAGUAUCUGAUUUUGGAUUGGCUCGAGCAGCAACAGAUGAGGAGAACAGACACAUAUCGACACGUGUCAUGGGAACUUUUGGUUAUGUGGCUCCGGAGUACGCAAUGACUGGGCAUCUACUUGUGAAGAGCGAUGUUUACAGCUAUGGUGUUGUUCUUCUUGAGCUUUUGACAGGAAGAAAGCCAGUAGAUAUGUCACAACCUCCUGGUGAAGAGAAUCUCGUUGCAUGGGCUCGCCCACUCCUCACAAGUAGAGAAGGAUUGGAAGCAAUAAUAGAUCCAUCUCUCGGAACUGAUGUGCCUUUUGAUAGUGUGGCUAAAGUUGCAGCCAUUGCUUCAAUGUGUGUACAACCAGAGGUAUCAGAUCGUCCUUUUAUGGGUGAGGUUGUUCAAGCUUUAAAACUCGUAUGUAAUGAAUGUGAUGAAGCAAAAGAAGCAGGUUCAAGAAGUUCUAGCCAGGAGGGUUUAUCUGUUGAUUUGAAUAAUGUUUCUGGACAACUACCAGAUAAUUUCCAAAGCCAAUUCUCAGCCACUAACUACGAUUCUGGAGUUGAUAUCGAAAAUGCGUUGUCAGCAUCAGAGUUAUUCAGCUCGUCAGCAAGAUUUGGAAGGCAAGCUUCUGGAUCAUUUAGAAGACAUUCUUAUUCGGGUCCUCUGAGAACCGGAAGAAGCAGGCGGUUGUGGCAGAUAAUUAGAAAGCUUUCUGGUGGUAGUGUCAGUGAACAUGGAAGAAUGUUCAAGUUAUGACCAGGUUCUGAUUGAGUCAUUGCAUUUUUUGAAUUUUCUUUGUGCAUAUUGCUCUCCUUCAACUUGUUAAUCUGCAGUUCACAACUCUGCUAGAGGCAUUGCUUCUCUGCCUGAGCCCUUUGAAGUUUGACAAAUAGAAUACAAGCCUAUUGUAAAUAGGAUGUGACAUGUUUUGUUUCUUCUAACCUGUAAAAUCAUAUGUAACUGGUACUAACUCUGUGAAGAGGGUAAGCAAUGCAAAUCUAGCUUGAUAAUAGAUGAUGACUGAAGUUGGCUUUUACUAAGACCUUCAUUGUCAAAUACAAAAUGCAGUCUUUGCAGAUGCAGCACAAUAAAAACGAGUCAGAAGAGUUUUGUAAUGUUCAAGUUGUCAAUACUCCCACUUGUAGUUAGAUGAGGACGGAAUGGAAUCUGUUUAAUUAGUUGUGUGGAAUUGAACGAUGGCUUUAGGCCUAAUUUAAAGCCCAUACACUCCUAUCCCUUAAUACAUGAAA